AUGAGUGAUACUUCUAAAUCAAGAUCGAAAAAUACCUCCUACCAUAAAGAAAAUACUGUUAGUUUGUAGCAGUAGUCAACUCUUUAAAAUGAAGCAAAUAAAGAGCAAAAUAAGCCCUAUUAGCAAAUCAUAAAUGAAAGAAUACAAAAUAGGUUAAAUGAUGCAAGAAGUGCUAUUUAGAAAAAAGAUUAUUACUCAGCAAUUAAUGGAUUCACUAAAGUUAUUUUUUUGAAACCAAACCAAGCUGAGACAUAUAAAGAGCUUGGAGAUGCGUAUAGUCAGAUAAAUGAUAUCAGCAUGGCUAUUAUGCUUUAUAAAAAGGCUAAUCAAUUAUCUUACAGUUUAAUUACAGAAGAUAAAAUGAAAGAUCUGCUCUUUCGUAAAGGUCUUAUGCUCUUAAUGCAAGGCGAAUAUAGUGACAUUUUGGAGGGAUCUUAAUAUGAAUAAUUUGCUCGUUAUUUAAGAUAUGAUGUUUAAUCUAUCAUGCAAAAAAUAUACAAUUUUAAAGCACCUCCUUAACAAAUUUAAAUAACUAAUGCCUCUUCUGAAGUUCCAGCAUAAUAAGAAGCACCAGAAGGAAGCUAAGAAUAACAAAUUUUAGCAGGUUUAAAUGAAAGCAACAAUGAAAAUAAAGCUGAAUAAAAUGAUGAGAAAAGAAAAAGAGCAUUUUAGCAUUUUUUAAGAGCAUAUUGUUAUGUUCUAACAUAUCAUAAAUCUUAUGCCUUAGAAGAAUUAGAUUUAGCUAUAUAAAAGGACAAUAAAUAUAUUCAUGCUUUUCUUCUUAAAGGAAAACUCUUGUGGAGUUUAAAUAAAUAUGCUGAAGGAAAUGAAAUAUUUUGGAAAGCUGAAAAUAUUUUUAAUGAGCAUCCUGAAGUAAGAGAUUUCUUGAAAAUAAUUGUGCCAAAAGCAGAUGAGCUAUUAAAAGAAACACGUUAUUUGUUAGUUUAAAAUUAAUUAGAUAGAUGUCUUGUUAACGUUAAAAAAGGAUUAGAAUUAUUCCCAAACAACACUCAAUUUUUAUUAAUAAAAGCCUUUAUAUUACGUAAGCAAGGGCAAUACGAAAAUUCUCUCAACUUUUUACUGCUUGCUUUUCAUACUUUGAGAGAUAAAUCAUUGGAAUUCGAAGUUAAAAAUUAGAUUGCUUUAACUUAUAAUGAAAUGGGUACAGUCUGCUUUAAUAGAAAUAAAUAUGAAGAAGCUAUUGCCCUUUUUAAUGAAUCUCUUUAAUUUAAACCAAAUGACUGGGGAGUAAUCACUAACAGGGGAGAUUGUUACAGAAUGCAAAAUAGGAUUGAUGAUGCCCUUAAAGACUAUUUGAAAGCACAUAAAAUUAUUGGAGACAAAAGUGAGCUGAAUUUAAGAGUUUCGAUGAUGAGAAACAGCAGAGGAAUAGUAUUAUUUAAUUAGAAGAGAUAUGAUAAAGCAUUAAAGGAAUUUAAUGAAGCAAUUAAAUAAAGUGAUUAAGUUGCACAAUAUUAUUAAAAUAGGGCUAAAUGCUAUGUAGAAAUGAAGUAAAUGCAAGAGGCUAUUGAAGAUUAUAUAUAAUGUUACAAAUUAGACCCAACAAAUAGUGAAGUUGGAGUUAUAGUUAAUAAAUUAAAAUAGGAAUCUAUAUUAAAGAAAAAAGACAAAUACAUGAAAAUUAAUCAUGCAAAUAACUGA